UUCUCCCAUUUUAGAUACCCCUGAACGUCUUCGCGUUGAUGAUGGUACGUUUGCACACGCCUUUUCUUCAGUUACCAUGUGUUGGUAACUCUGCUCAAACGCAUUUUUCGGAGAAUGAAUACAAGAACAUACCAUUGCAUGCUUGGCUAUCUACAGCCGUUUAAAGGUUUUCAUUUUUCACAAAGUAACACCUAUAGCAAUGCAAAACUCUCUGGGUGCAUAAGUGGUUUGGGAGCCUAUAUUCCUGCAAGACAGACCUUGUGGGUGCAGUUGUACCAAAUUUCUAAGCUCUGGCUGAAGUGUGGAAUACUGUUUUCUUUUUUUUGUAGCUGGUGAUGAUGAUGAUGAUAUUGUGAGUAAGCUUGUGGCUAAAAAACAUACAUGUUGCCUUCUUGAAAUGCCAAAAGGGGGGUGGCGAGGCCAACAAUGACCACAAUAUGGCGGCAGAUUCAACAUGUGGAGAAAAGCCGGGGACAUAGCCUGGUGUUACACGGGCUGUUUUAGCGCCGCAAAACACAUACGGACAACUAUGAAGCGCUACAACGUUCUCACACGAGUAGCGACCGGUACUAUGCUAGAGGGUCCAUUGACUGCCAAAAAAAGAGCUAUCAGAAGACUGCCGCUCCCGCGGUCUACGCCGUCUCCUAGCUAGCGCUUCCUUCUUAGCUUCUGUCCUCCACGCCAUGGGCUAAGGCUAGUUUUUUCCCUCAAAAGUUUCCACUCUAUGUGAUGUACAGAGGCUAUUUGUGAUAUAUGGACUCUCUAUGGGACGGCGCACGAGGAUGCGCACGCAUCUGGUUUUAGGCUUUGCUCGGAAUCAGACGAUAUAUCAGUGCUUUCUGAGCAUGUUUGCUGUGUUUGAGCCUCCAUGAAGGCUCUGAUAGAGCCUGCACGUUGGUCGAUCAUGGCGGACGCUUACUGUUCAUUCAAAUUACUCCCGUUGCCAUUUUUUGGCCCGGUGACCCCCCUUUUAUGCGGCACCUGCUCGUUUAACACACAAUAUGUGUCCCUAUCAUAAUGUAUUGCCUCGGGCAAAUUUUUAAUGUUUUUGUGCAUUGGGCAUUUCAGUAGUGAAACUGAACUGUACAUAUUUGAACUUUUUUGACAUACUGUUAGUGAUGUGUGUAGAAGUAUUUCUACUGUGUAAGAAUGGGGAAUAGCACAUUCAGUGUGACAUGCAGCAUUUUUCUACACAAGGACCCAGCCAUAGUCUUCCUAUUCAACCGGGGAGACUUCCACCAUCUCCUUGGGCUGCCAUCAUCCCCUUGGCCUCAAGGUAUGUAGCUUUGAUGAGUUGCUGUGAAGUGAUAGAAAUUUCCUAUAAAACCUGUCUAUGUAUAUGACCACCUUUAAACAUGCAGUUGCCACGUAGGAAAAUGCACAUUCAUAAAACCUGUUGACCCUGCCUUGUCCUAAACACAAAAUUGAUGUUUACACUCAAUUACACAUACAUACUUUUUUCAUAGGGGACCCAGCAAUAAGCUUCCCCGCACAAAAUUGUACGAUGGUCCAUGUGAGCCUAUUUGGGUGGAGUGUGACUUUGCUCUGUGCAAGUAACUCUCCACCCAAAUAGGCUCACAUGAGCCCUUUCAUGUCUAUAAAGACGCAAGCAAAAAACCGACAAAUCUUGGUUGUGCUCGUGCUCGAGUGGUCUAUGUAACCAAACUGGGACUAACGUUUGUACAAUUAUGUGUCGGGAAGCUUAUUGCUGGGUCCCCUAUGAAAAAAGUAUGUAAUUAAUUUUGUGUUUAGGACAAACAGAGGCACAGAGUGUCGACAUUUUCCUGCGAGGUAUCGACACCCUUGUGAUGACUCACUGUUGCAGAGACGUUAGGGUGAAGGAUGCCCAUGGGAAUGAAGUUGUGGGGAUGUACCAGAGCAUGAAAAAGGGCGAGUUGCAAACAGUGCAACAAGCACUAUCUCUUCUGAACGGCUGGGGGACAGAGGCCAAAAAUGCAGUCCCUAACAGCCUGAGUGCGGGUCUCUUUUAUACCAUUACACCGAGUGGAAGGAGACAAAGGAAAUUACCAAUGAUUCACCACUUGGUGGGGCCAUUUGUCUGAGACCACUCACUGGGAAGAGAGAGAGAGGGAGAAGAAGAAUUUUCAUCCUGUUACCUUUGUUACCUUCAUCCUGUUGAAAAUAUUGAUUCAAUAUCGAUAGCAGCUACAGAGCAACGCACAUGGAUGGAGAGAGAGAUCACGUGAUACAAAAGUAAUAUUGAAAUCAAUGGAUAAAUAGAAUGUCCAGUUCUAGUACAGUUCUGGUGCGAGUGUUUCUUUCCAACACAUCCUGUAUUUGUUUUGUUCUGACACACUUUGUUUUCUCCGCACUGAAGUGGUUAAAGAAGGUUCGAGGAGGUUCGAUGCAGUAAAACCAUUCCAAACUAGAGUACGAGAAUCCUAACCUCGUUCCCCUUGCAUAUAUUAUGUUCAUAAAGAAGGUUCAGUACAGUCGAACCACACAGUGCAAGUAGUAUAAUUAUAAGCCGCUUCAUUGCGUGAAUCUGUCGCUGACGUAAUGAAUGUGGGGUAAUUGCCGGGUGGGCACUUAUUAGAAGUGUAAAGUGUGCUUCAGCAGGGUGAAGGUG